AUGCGCCAUGUUAACUGUGAUCCCCAGUUUGCUGCGAUCGCCUUCCGAGAGGGGUUGCUUUUGGGGACACCAUUAUACGAAAGUUUGUUGCGGGAUCCGCCAAAAGACAUGGAUGACGUUAUCACAAGGGUUGAGGGAGAGAUCAGAAUUGAAAGGGCCAAAGAGGCACGCGAGGCUCGUUACACCAGCGUUGUUGCCUCCGGCGAUGAAAGAAGGCAAAAUAGAGGUAACCACCCCGGCGUAAGGACGGACAACCGACACCACUACGAGGCAAAGCCUCGAACUCGCCCACCGAAGGAAUGGUUCACCUUAAGCCCUACGGCCACAUUCAGGAAACACCAACAUGAAGGGCUCUUCACUAAACCCUCACCUCAACCAGAGUCAAGAGACGCAUUCGAACGGACCAAAAAUUGCCCUCUCCACGAGGCGUUCGGGCACGGGUUGUCCAAAUGCGAAGCGCUGCGGCCAUCCAUCUCAGAGUUAAUGAAGGCAGGGAAGUUGCGUGAAUACCAAUCCAACAACCAUGCCGAUGGAGAAAGGGCAGCAGACAAGGUUGAAAGCAGAAUCCCAGCAAAAGGCACGGAACCGAUCAUCAGAGAAAUAUUGGCCAUACAUGGAGCCCCUUAUACCGCUGUGGAGGAGGAAGUGCGCUUAAGGUCGGAAACCCGCCAAGCAGAAAAGAUUCGUCGAGUAUGCCAGAUCACUGAUAGCCCCUUGGUGGGGCAGAACUUGGCCCCCACAUCGGUAAUUAGUUUCUCCGCAGCAGACACCGUUGGCAUCCAGUUUCCCCACUGGGAUGCCUUGGUGGUGUCAACCCAAAUCGCGGACGCCCUCGUGCGACGGAUAAUGGUUGACGCCGGGAGCAGCGCCGAUGUCAUAUUCUGGGAAGCAUUUGAGCAGCUCGGAUUAGACAAAACGCUCAUCCAUCCCAGCAGGGCCCCGUUGACGGCCUUUGAAGGUUCCGAAGUAUGGCCUGUGGGCGGGAUUUCAUUACCAGUGACGACGGGAGGGAAAACUGUGGAGGUCGAUUUCGUCAUUGUCAAAAGGUCAUCGGCCUACAAUGCCAUCCUAGGCAGGGAUUGGCUCCAUAGGAUGGGAGUCGAGGCUUCAACUAGGUGUCAGGUACUCAAGUUUAUUUCUGAUGACGGCCAACAGGUGAUAUCGGUUCGAGGCGAUCAACUGCUCUCCAAGAAGUUGUAUGCCAUGGAAAUCAAACGCUCUCCGCCGCCAAAGAAGGGUGAGGAGGAUCCAUCAGCAUAG